UCGUCUGGUGUCACCAGACCGCUGUGAGCAUAUUGGGGGGAUUUGCGGUGUUUGCGGACACGGAACGAACGGAUUUUUGGGAACGCAUCCCCAUCGCUCGGCACUGCGCGCCCCAACCACACACCGCCCACCCGUCCCCCGCCACACAUUCCAGGGCCAUCCAAAGGAGCUAACGGAUGUCGUGUGUAACACCAGCGCGUGUCGAUGCAGCGAGGGGGCCCAAAACAGUGCCCCCUAGUGCGUUCUUUUGAGGCAUGUCGUAAUGGCAAGGGAGGAGUCUCGUGGCAAGAGGCCUUUAAAAAUCUGGGACAGUUGGCGCAAUGUCCGUAAAGGUCUCGUAGUAGGUAGCUUCGAGGAGCUAAUAGUUAGAGGAAAAGAUAAAUUAGGAGUGCCAGCCUCCGAACCCGUGCGACUGGUGUUGGAAUGCGACGGCACGCAGGUCGAGGAUGGCGAAUACUUCAGGACGUUAGCGAACAAUACGGUACUGCUCCUAUUGCGACAAGGUGAACGCUGGUACCCGACGGGUGUCGAUGUAAUAAAGGCUGCGAUAUCAGCAAUACCAAAGAUCGUUUGCGAAACUAUACAUGCAUUGGAGCUGCAGGAUGAAACACCCUCCUGGAAGAUUAUGGAUAACAAGGGUCGAGUCACAGUUGUGUUGCAUUGGGAUCAACGGCAGGGCGGUGGUCAAGGUGGUGGUGGCGGCAGCAGCAGCAGCGGUGGUCCCGGUUCCGGUGUCGGUUUAAGCAACGGUCCGACGUCGGACAAAUUUUCGCCGUCGAAGAAAAGCCUCUCGACGCAAAACUCGAUCGACAAAUCGUCCGUGUCGAGCCAACCGCGCUUCCCCAGCCCCCAGAUCACCGUGAUCAACCACGAUGAUCCACAGUCGCAGAUGUACCAUUCCGCCCGCCGGCUCUCGAAGCAGGGCGGCUCGUUCGACAGUGCGGUCGGGGCGGUGCACGUCCACACGCCGGAGUGUGCGCACCAUGCGCAUAUGCCCACGCGCGCCGGCAGCCCCGGUGCGACCGAGUGUGACUUUCACUGCUGCGCACUGCACGAGGAGGGCCGAAAGAUUGCGGUGCACAAGAACGUCGCGACCUCGCCGAUACAGGACGGGUCGGCGAGCCCGCAACCGCCACCGAGCAGCCUGUCGGACAGCCGGCGCACGUCCACGACCAAGGGCCACGUGCGGUUCCUGGACAUCGGACCGGAGCGGGACAGUUCCGAGAGCGAAACGGAGAACACCGUCAUGGAGGACGAAACCGUAACGUCCGAGAAGUUUCUGCUGCUGAUCGACCAGCUGUCGGUCGAUCAGAAGCGCCACCUCAGCAUCAAGGACAUCGGCAUCAUACUGGAGCGGCUGAGCUCCAAGAUACUGGACGUGGAGCGGUUGGACCGCGAGAGCGAGUCGGACGAUUGCUACAACUGGACGAUCAAGGCAACGAUACGUGGCGAUGCGCUGCGCGAGCUAGGUGUUAUUUAUAAUGGAAACUAUUACGCAAUAUCAGAGCAUCCGGGCUACAAGGAGGAGAACGAGGAGAACGGCGAGGAUGCGGAGGAGGAGGACGAGGAUAGAUUAUAAACAGAGCAAAACACACAUACGCGAAUUGCAUUUCGGCGAGAGGUUUUUUUCACUUUCUUUUUACGUUUUCCGUUUGGUUUUUGGCAGCACGAUGCGCUAAAGAAGUUAGAAUAAUCCAGUUCCCCUCUCGCCACCGAACCCGAGACGCGUUUCGGGCGAGAUGUUUUGGAGGGUAGGGGAGAGAGCUGCAGCUCGCCGAGCCGAGCUACGCAACGGUGUUUAGUGAUUAUCUUUGUAUUUAGGGCUCCACCGUCUCGUGGCGGUACAUAUAGUAGCAGACGUUCGUACCACGUCACCUCACACGCGCGCGUUCACUCAUAUUGGGGAGGCUCCCGAACCGGGGGUGGGACGAUUUGUUUUGGAGCACCAGUCAAGCGGAACCGGAAACACUAGUAUUUAUCUCUCUGUGUGUGCGUGUGUGUGUGUGUGUAUGUGUGUGUGUGCCGGAGAGUUUUUUGUAAACCUUUGGGAGAGAGAGAGAGCAAUCCACAGUGACAGACAUGACUCAUGAACACACUCUUCCUCAUAAACAAACAAACCAACACGUAGAGCAAAACCAGAGCACAUCCAACUACUACUGUGUAGCAUUUUGUAUGGCGUACGGAUUCCUUUUAUGCGGUGAUCGGUCACAUCCCGAUCGGUUUUGUCGGUUUGCCGGGUGCGAAAGGGUGCCACAGGAAACAAAAAAACUAGGAAACUAAACCCCCUCCGACUCAGAACAAAUGUCACUCCACGCUACAACGGGGGUUCAAAUGGCACAAGUAAACAGAGGACGAAGAGGCAAAAACAGAAACAAAACUUACGAAUUGCAUAACGUGCACCAGUUAUCCACCAAGUGCAGUUCGCAACCGGAUGCCCAAAUAGGAGCAUCACAACAGGAAAAGAAGAAGAACAGAAUAAAACAAUUGGUUACACUAGUUCAAACAAAACAACAACAAAAGAAAACAAAUAAAAUAAACACUAAUACACAGAACAAAUGGGAAAAACACAAACAAACAAUGGGCCUGCUGCAGCGCCAGAGUGAGAACUCGUUAGUAUAAAAUAAAAAUUUAAAACAAGCAAACAGCAAAAAAAACGAUUAAAACCCUAACCGUAAAGAAACCAAUCCACACCAUAAACGAAGCACUGCACGCCAUAAUUGCCCCACAAAUGUAAGGCAUCUGCUGCAACAGCAGCAGCAGCAAACAACAAAAACACCCCUCCCUUAAAACGUAGAAAACCCUUAACGAAAAAGCAAGUAAAGCAGGCGUGGGGGAAGGGCCGAGAAGUUUUUAAAGAAACACGCUGCCAGUUUACGAAAGUAAAUCAAUAAACUGAACAAUAGUGAAACGAACGAAUAUGUGUAUGUGUAAACAAAAAUAAAAGAAAGAGAAAGAGAGAGAGAGAAAAAAAACAA